CGUAGCACGGCUGUGUCGGUCCUCUGUAUGGAUAUGAAGAACAUGAGAGAGUAUGUGUGCUGGCUGUACUAUCAGUACCUGCUCAUCACAGGCAUCUAUGUGCUGGAGCCGUGGGAAAAGUCCAUCUUCAACACUGUCCUCUUUACUAUGGUGGCCAUGGUCAUUUACACCUCCUAUGUGUUUGUUCCUAUUCACGUGCGGCUGGCACUGGAGUUCUUCUCUGAGCUGGUCCGAGGGCAGCCCGAGAGCACAGUGGCCCUCAUGAACUCACCAUGAACUACUGAUCUACUGCUCUGUGACUAUUGGCUUGAAAACUCUUGUUUAUUUUCCCACUCAGGAACAAACAAGCCUGAUGAAAUGAGGUGUUGUCAAAGCCAUGUUCAAGCCUGUCAAGUCUUCCACAUUUACCUGGAUUCCUGCCCCAUCAUGGGAUUUGUAUGCAAAGAUUUGUAUGUAUUUCUGCAUGAUUGCCGGUACUAAGGUUUUGCAUGAUAUCACCCAUCACGUACGGACACUUCUUUCCGAUUAACGUCUUCAUCAUCACUGGUUGAUUAAAAAAUAAAUAAGAACUUUAACUCCAUAGAGUCCCUGAUCAGACUAAGGAGUUACUAUUUACCCCAGUGCAAAUUAAAAAAGUAUUUUUUUUAUUACUGCACGCUGAAUUUUAUAUUCUGGAGUUUUUGUAAUCACCUAUGCAAUGUGACUGCUCUACAUGAAGGUGCACGUUUAUUUUUUAUACAGAUUGCUGCACUUGAUCGCAAAUCAAUAGGCCCUCAUUGGAGCCCGUUUUAAACUCCUGUGUUGAUUGGACCUUUGCUCUGGUGAUGGUGGGACCAUCUUCCAUCAUUUCUUUAGUCUCUGUUCCUGAUAUAAAAUUGCAUGAACACAAAAAUGUUCGCAUGGAAUCUGUGCCCUGCAUGUGGAAAGAGUCAUUCACACAUUUGAGGCACUUGAACAUUUAUUUUUUAAAUACCUUAAAUUUAAUGAUAAAUAUUGUCAGCCACGAAAAGAAUGUAGUUUUCUCAGCUCAGUUGAUCACAUUUUACCAUGUUUAAAUAAAUUCCACAGAUUUCCUAUUUUGGCCUUAUGAAGUUAUGACUGAAAGUCACCAAAUUAA